AUGACGCAGAGUCCAACCUGUGUUUUCCAAUCGGGGAUACAGUCUUAUCGUGUUCGUUGGUUGAUUGUCAUCACACUGGCCUCUGUGAGUGGAAUUAAUGCGUACUUGUGGUUAUCCAUAGCCCCGGUGACCAAUCACUUUGUGCAAUUCUACGGCACAUCCGAAUCCACACUAAACUGGAUUCAGCUCAGCUUCUCAGUAACCCUAGUUUUAUUUGGUCCAUUGGUCUGUGUGAUUGUGGAAUUAUGGCAUGCCCGUUCAGUGAUUCUCUUCUCAGCUGUGCUCCAUGCGAUUUGCGGUUUGUUACGAGCGUUCAGCAGCGCAUCCUUGCCUGUCAGCAAGGAUUCAAGAUUAAUUCUCUUGGGUCUGGGACAGGUGAUGGCUUCUCUGGCGGAGCCGUUCUGUCUAUUUGCCCCGACCAAACUGGCCCUGACUUGGUUUCCGGAUACUGAAAGAACAGUGGCUAACGGAUUAGUGAAUUUUGGAAAUUUACUCGGAGGUAUGCUGACCAAUGCGCUCACUCCCGUGGUGGUUCAUUCCAGUCACGAUAUACCCCGACAGAAUUAUACAUGUCUCGGAAUAGCGAUGCUUAUUUUGAUAUUAUCAUUGUCAACAAUGAAUUACAAAGUACCCCCAAAACCACCAUCACAAUCGGCUGCAGUAGUACAGAAGAAAAUGAAAGAAGAGAACUACAGUCUGGCACGACAGCUCAUCCAAUUCUUUCUUUGGGCAUGNUUGGGCAUGGGAUCCGUUGAAAAUCCCCGGAUUUUGGCUCCUGAUGUUCUCGUUUGGGUUUUCAAUCGGAUACUUCACAGUGUUUAA